AUGAAAUUCUCCCUAGGGCUCCUCGCCCUAGCCGGAACGGCCCUCUCAUGCGCCCACCACAAUGACGAAGCCAUCCCCGACGCCGAGCGCGAGGAACUACUCAAGAAAUGGGAUCAAGAGUGGUCCUUCACCGGCAUAUCCACCUUCGCGCACCUCAACCCCGUAAAAUGCCUAACCACCCCCAACGAACACUACGACAUCGCCGUCAUCGGCGCCCCCUUCGACACAGCAGUAAGCUACCGUCCGGGCGCACGAUUCGGACCCCGUGCCAUCCGCGCCGCCAGCGCGCGCCAGCUGCGCGCAACCAGCUACAACACGCGCGCAGGGAUAAACCCGUACAUGUCCUGGGCGACGAUCAAAGACUGCGGGGAUAUCCCGAUCACACCGUUCGACAACGGGUUAGCCGAGCGGCAGAUGUACGAGGCUUUCCUCGAGCUGGGGUCUCGCAAGACUCCAUCGAGCAGUGAGGGCGGAGCGCAGGGUAUUUCAGCUGGAAAGCCCAAGCUGGUCACGUUAGGCGGCGACCACAGCGUGGCGCUGCCUGCGCUGCGCGCGCUGCAUAAGAUCUACGGGAAGCCGAUAACGGUAGUCCACUUCGACGCGCACCUGGAUACCUGGAACCCCGUGCGCUACUCCGCGUACUGGCAAUCGGAGCAAACACAGUUCAACCACGGAAGCUUCUUCCACAAGGCGAGCAAAGAGGGCCUAAUCUGCCACGCGACGAGCGCACACGCCGGCUUACGCACCCGCCUAACAGGCACCGACGACAGCGAUUACACGGCCGAGGGAAGCCCCGAGCAAGAGGGCUUCAUCCGGAUCCACGCCGACGACAUCGACGAUGUGGGGCCUAUGGGCGUUGUCGAGCGGAUUCUCGCGCGAACGGGUCUCGACCCGGACCAGCCCGUGUAUCUAUCCGUGGACAUCGACGUGCUGGAUCCAGCUACUGCGCCGGGCACGGGCACGCCCGAGCCGGGCGGGUGGACGACGCGGGAGUUUAUCCGGAUCUUGCGCGGGAUCGAGGGGUUGAAUCUGGUUGGGGCGGAUAUCGUGGAGGUGUCGCCUAGUUAUGAUAAUAAGGGGGAGACGACUGCUUUGGCGGCUGCGCAGGCGGCGUUUGAGAUUAUUACGAGUAUGGUUAAGCGGGGGUCGAGGGAGGAGGGUACGAAGGAUGAGCUGUAG